AUGUCCAUCUUCACAAGAUCAUUUCCAAGUAUCAAACAAUUACAGAAAAACAUAGCUCAUGAAUUGUUACAGUACGAAAAUGCCACUGCCAAGUCCCUAGCCAAAGCUGAAUUAGAAAAGACUAAAACAUACUACAAUUAUUUGAAACGAGUUAAACUAAGCAAGGGAGAAAUGAACGAUAUCAAAGAUAUUGACACCAAAUUGGAUGAUUUGACCAAGAAAACAUGCCAGGACAUGGUCGAGCUACAAGAUAAAACAAGUUUCAAUGGGAUAAUCGACAAAGUUGCUAAUGAGAAAUUACCAGAAGAAUACGGCCAAAACAACUUGAACAACGUCCACCUGUAUCUCAAGAACCAAAGAGAAUACUUCGAUUUGUUGACUAGAUACAACCCUGGUUUACUCAUGAGUCAAUCUGAUAACGUGUCGAAAACAGCCAACAGAGUGGGAUUAGAAGUGCCAAACUAG